GCGCGCCCGGCGAUGGGGCGUGACCAGGAAAAGAGGCGGGGCUCCACCGAGCGCGGUGCGGAAGCUGGCGGCCAGAAAGCGGCGGGGCCUGGCGGCGAUACGCUUUGAGGCGGGGCUUCCAAGCCGGGCGUCCCGGUUAGAGCGAAGGGGCGUGGUCACUCAAAGGCUACUGGGGGAGAGGCUAAGAAACGUAGAAUUUCGCAGCCAGAAUGGGUACGUCUCAGCGAUCCUGAAAGCAGCCUUGACAACCAGAGGCGAGUCAAGUGGAAAGGCUGGUCGGGCUUCGAGAAGGGAGGGGGCAAGCAGGUACUUAAGGGCCUGAAUCGCGCAGCGUGACGUCGGGGGCGCGGUUUCGCGGCGUCUGGGCGGACGCUGCGCCGAGGGGCGGGGCUGGGCGCGCGCUCCAAGAUGGCGGCGAACGUGUUCCCGUUUCGCGACGCCCGUGCCGCACCGGACCCGGUGCUGGAGGCCGGCCCGGUGGCACACGGGCCACUGCCGGUACCGCUGGUGCUGGACAACGGGUCGUUCCAAGUCCGCGCUGGCUGGGCGUGUCCCGGGCAGGACCCAGGUCCCGAGCCGCGCCUGCAGUUCCGCGCGGUGUGCGCCCGCGGUCGUGGCGGGGCACGGGGCGCGUCGGGCCCGCAGGUGGGGAACGCCCUGGGCAGCCUGGAGCCACUGCGCUGGAUGCUGCGCUCGCCCUUCGACCGCAACGUGCCGGUCAACCUGGAGCUUCAGGAGUUGCUGCUGGACUACAGCUUCCAGCACCUGGGUGUCUCCUCACAGGGCUGUGUUGAUCAUCCCAUAGUUUUGACAGAAGCUGUGUGCAACCCACUGUAUUCACGGCAAAUGAUGUCUGAGCUUCUUUUUGAGUGCUACGGGAUUCCCAAGGUUGCCUAUGGAAUAGACAGCCUCUUCAGCUUCUACCACAAUAAGCCAAAGAACUCGAUGUGCAGUGGGCUCAUCAUUUCAUCUGGAUACCAGUGUACGCAUGUUUUACCCAUCUUAGAAGGGAGAUUAGAUGCUAAAAACUGCAAGCGCAUCAAUCUUGGAGGAAGCCAAGCAGCUGGUUACCUCCAGCGUCUCCUCCAGCUGAAGUACCCUGGGCACCUGGCAGCCAUCACCCUCAGCCGCAUGGAGGAGAUUCUGCAUGAGCACAGCUACAUUGCUGAGGAUUAUGUGGAAGAAUUACACAAAUGGCGGUGUCCUGAUUAUUAUGAGAAUAAUGUCCACAAGAUGCAGCUCCCAUUUUCCAGCAAGCUCCUGGGCAGCACUCUGACCUCUGAGGAGAAACAAGAAAGGCGGCAGCAGCAAUUGCGGCGGCUGCAGGAGCUCAAUGCCCGGCGGCGGGAGGAGAAGCUGCAGCUGGAUCAGGAGCGUCUGGACCGACUGCUAUACGUGCAGGAACUUCUAGAGGAUGGCCAGAUGGAUCAGUUUCACAAAGCUCUGAUAGAGCUGAAUAUGGACUCCCCAGAAGAGCUGCAGUCCUACAUCCAGAAGCUCAGUUUAGCAGUGGAGCAGGCUAAGCAGAAAAUCCUCCAAGCGGAAGUCAACCUAGAGGUGGAUGUGGUAGACAGCAAGCCAGAGACCCCUGAUCUGGAGCAGCUGGAGCCGUCUUUGGAAGAUGUGGAAAGCAUGAAUGAUUUUGAUCCCUUGUUUUCAGAGGAAACACCUGGAGUGGAGAAGCCGGUCACCACUGUCCAGCCCGUGUUUAACUUGGCAGCAUAUCAUCAGCUGUUUGUUGGGACAGAAAGAAUUCGAGCUCCAGAGAUUAUUUUCCAGCCAUCUCUCAUAGGAGAAGAACAGGCUGGGAUUGCAGAGACUCUUCAGUACAUUCUGGACAGGUACCCAAAGGACGUUCAGGAAAUGCUGGUUCAGAACGUUUUCCUCACUGGUGGGAACACAAUGUAUCCUGGCAUGAAAGCCAGAAUGGAGAAGGAACUGUUGGAGAUGAGACCCUUCCAGUCUUCUUUUCAGGUUCAACUUGCUGCGAACCCUGUGCUGGAUGCCUGGUACGGUGCUCGUGACUGGGCCUUGAGCCACCUAGAUGAUAAUGAAGUUUGGAUCACCAAGAAAGAGUAUGAAGAAAAGGGAGGAGAGUACCUCAAGGAGCACUGUGCUUCCAACAUCUAUGUCCCCAUCCGCCUGCCGAAGCAGGCCUCCCGCUCCUCAGAUGCCCAGGCAUCCAGCAAGGGCUCCGCUGCUGGUGGAGGUGGUGCUGGUGAGCAGGCGUAGCAGAGGCCCUCCAGAGAGACUGCCCUGCACGCCAUGCCUUGGGCCACGUUGGCAGCGUGACAGGACUGUGAUUGUGCUAGAUGUACCUGCCCAAGUCUGCUGGUCACAUUUGGCAGCAAAAUGGAUUUCUCCUGGGGAGAACAAAGUUAAGGGACACUGAGACCUGCCCUUCAGAAUUCGGUUCACUUGGGGGCUUCUGUGGUGAAGAGACUAACUGGCCUUCUGAUGUCUUUGUUCAGCUGUGGCCAGCUGUGGCAUCAGCUUCAUGUAGCAGUAAAUGAAGACAGAGUGGAGGACACAAAUGUACAAAAUGCACAAGACUGAUUUCUGACCACAUUUUAGUCUUUUUUGUUUUAAAAAAAAUUCUUUAAAAUUUA